AUGCUUUUCCAUCUGUCUGCAGUGCCUGUGGUUGCUGGUGUUGCUGUCUUGACAAAGUGCAGCUGCGUAGGACUGCUUUUGAGAGGUGUACUUAGAGAAGAAUGUCCUCCCAGAGGAUCCUCAGUAGCUCAUUGUGCUUUUCUCAUUUGUAGUUGUCCUUUUGCAUGGCUGCAGCCAAGGAAUGAGCUGGAUGCCAAGAAGCCUGCCGGACAAGUUAUAGCUGUCGAUCGUAACCCAAUAUACCCCAUAGAAGGCGCCAUAUUGAUGGGUGGUGUGGAUUUCACAGCAGCUUCUGCCCAAGCGAAAGUCCUGGAACUGCUGAAUGGCAAGAAAGUUAACAUUGUUUUGAGUGACAUGGCUCCAAAUGCAACUGGUGUUCGUGAUAUAGACCAUGAGAAUAUUGUGCAUUUGGCAUAUUCUGCAUUGCGCUUUGCUCUGCAGGUAUCGUAUGUGGGUGGAUCUGUCCUACUUAAGAUAUGGGAUGGGCGUGAAUCCAACAGAUUGGAACAGGACAUUGCAAAGUUCUACAAUCAUGUAAGGGUUGUAAAACCACCUGCCAGCCGUGGGGACUCUGCUGAAAAGUUCUUAUUGGCAAGAAUGUUCAAGGGCUUAAAAACGUAA